CGGUAAAUUCAGUUGGCAGCAGUGCGUGGCAAAUAAUCAACAUCGGCUGGAAGAAGUGGAGGAAUCUGACAGGUGCCUCCUCCUCCUUCGUCGCCCUUUCUCUGUCGUACUGCUGCAUUUGCUAGCAAAAUAACAUCGAUCACGCGCCCAACCGCAGACACAGCAGCCGAGCACGCAGAUUUGGCCCAGAUUGACUUAUUGGCUGUUUCCAAGUGUGGUGCUCUGCCCACCUUAAGUAUGCGAUGGGUGUCUUCAGCAAAUUGCAGACAGUUCCAUACAGUUGCCGCGACUACGCUCAUCCAUGGACAAAUUCCUGCACGGACGCGGCCGCCGGCAUCGGCUCGCAUUCCGUGCAGGAGUGUCUGCGAAUCUACGUCACUGUCUACACGCUAGCCCUGUUGAUGCGAGGCCGAGUGCCUACCAAGAAACAAUUGCGCCAAACCAUAUUGGGCAUCAUCCAGUCGACGGCCUUUCUUAGCUGCCACGCAUACUCCUUCAUGCUGACUGUUUGCUCCUUGAGGCGGAUCACCGGCAACUUCAACUACCUCACGGUGUCCUUUGUGCCCGCCUUCAUUUCCAGCUUCUUUUCCAUCAUGAUCGAGAGACCGUCGAGGAGAAGCCUUCUUUGCCUUUAUGUUACCAACGUAGCAUCAGAGACCAUUUUCAGAAUGGCUGCGAGGCGGGGUCUCGUGAAGCCUAUUCCCCAUGGAGAGGUCUACAUCUUCAUGGCGGCACUUUCGUCGCUUCUGUACUUCUAUCGAUCACAGACCAGAUCAGGAAAUGAUUCCGUUUACAGUUUAAUUAGUUUCAUAGUGGGGCCGUACGAACAAAAGGACUACAGGGAAGUUUUGGCUAAUCCAUCGCAGACCGGCUCAGCGUCCAGUCGGCGACCUUGGCUUUUGCUCUCCCUGACGCAAACUGUCAACGAGAGCCUUCGUCCUUUUGUUGAGUUUCUGAAGGCGCAGGGUCGUCACCCAGCGUGUCCCCAUCCGCACAGCUGCCUGCACUACACUCUGCACGGGGCAGCCAAGCAGUUUGCGGUUGGAUACGGUCUUCAGGCCUGCCUGAACCUGCUGCUACGCUUUAAGAAAAUAGCCAGGAACCCUUCGAUAUUGGGUAGAAUGCUUUUUGGAAAAGAUGCCUACGGACUUGCUGCCUUCUUGGGUGGAUUCUCAGGAAUCUUCAGGCUGGUCCUGUGCUUGUUACGACGCUCGACAGGCAACGAUUCACCGAAGCUAGCAGUGCCUGCGGGGCUUUUGGCAGGCACCACCUUUGCUUUCUAUCCGUCACCCACUGUGGCCCUUUACAUGAUGUGGAAAACCCUUCAGGUUGCCUACAACGCAGCCUCUGCCAAGGGCUACCUACCUGAGCUGCCGUGGGCCACAAUUCUACUUUAUUGCUUCUCGACUGCCGUUUUGUUCCACGCCGCUGUCCUUGAGCCGCGCAGCCUGCGACCGUCGUACUGGAGAUUCCUUCUUGGUAUUUCCGGAGGAAGGUUUUUCGACAUCAAUCGCGAGUGCCUGACUAAGUAUGGGACCAGCAACACAUCUGUGUGAGCGCGCGCCCACCAAAUGUGAGUCGACGUGCCCUCGACAUGCUUUUGACUGCAUUUUCUCAAUUUCCAACAGAUGCAGCGAAACCAAUAAGAUGGCGUGUGCAAUGCUAGGCCUUCCAAUGAAUGCAAUGUGAUCCCAAAGCACAACAGCAGGGUUAGUUGUUGAUUGUUAUUAUUUUUGUACAGAAAUAAAC